AGAAGGAAACAAAGCCUCUAAUCAUACCUUCGCUCAUUAAACUCCAAGAGCAUAUAGAAAAUAAAGAAAUCAAGCUCCAAAUCGAACUACCUAUCACCACACAACAAGAAAUCACACCAAUGAUUAAUAAGCUUAAAGA